AUGCCGCGGCAGCCGCUGGCCUCUCCUGUGCUGCUGAACUGCUCCGUGGGUUUGGUCUCAGUGCAGCGGGCAGGCCACCAGUACCUCACAGUAGAGGAAGCACCAGCAGCAGCAGCAGCAGCAGCAGCAGCAGCAACAGCAGCAGCAGCAGCAGGUCGCCUUGGCGGCUUUACGCCUAGACCCACAGCAGCAGCAGCAGCAGCAGCAGCAGCAGCAGAGGCCCCAUGCGUCGUGUCUGCAAGCCCUCCGUUCCCGAGCAGCCCCCGCAGCAAGCUGCUGCUGCUGCCCACCUACCCAGCGUACCACAAAGCAAUCAGCAGCAGCAGCAGCAGCAGCAGCAGCAGCAGCAGCAAACAGGGCCCUUCCUGCUGCAGCCAUGGCACUGAAGUGCUGCUCGCCUUUGUGGGGCCCCCACAGGGAGAAGCUGCAGCAGCUCUGUGGCUGCUGGGGGCGGGGGGCCCCCAGGGCCCCACACCUAAGGUCAUAUACUCUGCUGCAGCAGAACCUGCAGCAGCAGCAGCAGCAGCAGCAGAGCUCAGCAAGAGGCCGCAUGCGCGGCAGGAGUGGGGCCCUGGGACGCCGGUGGUAGCGAAGCAGAUAUGUCCUGCUGCAGCAGGAUCUGCAGCAGCAGCAGCGGCAGCAGCAGCAGCAGCAGCAGCAGACUCGCGCCUGCGCUGGAAGCUGCUGCGCCCCUCGAUGCUGCCGGCCCAUAUGUUGCCGCAGCGGCUGCAGCAGCAGCAGCAGCAGCAGCAGCAGCAGCAGCACGAGGAUGUGCUGCUGCAGCAAGGGGAAGAGUUAGUGCUGCUGAACCAGAAGACGCAGGAGUUCUUGUCGCUGCAGCUGCUGGUGAAGCCGCAGCAGCUGUUGCUGCAGCAGCAGCAGCAGCUGCUGCAGCGCCGAGUUUGUCUCGUGGGGUCUCUCUCUUUCGACUCCCCGCCCGAGCAUCCCGCAGCAGCAGCAGCAGCAGCAGCAGCAGCUGCUGCUGCUGCUGCUUCUGGGGUGUACGUACACUGCGGCUGGCGCAUAGAGAAAGCAGGACUUCCAGAGUGCGGCCUUCCGCUGUCUCGAUUUGCUGCUGCGCUGCUGGCCCCCAGCCCGUGGGAUGCUGCAGCAGCAGCAGCAGAAGUGUGGGGCAGCAGCACGGUGGCUGCUGUGCUGCAGCAGCACGGGCUGGCUGCUGCUGCUGCUGCAGUGCCGCCGGCGGCGCCGCUGCCCAUGGAGGAGCAGCAGGAGCUGCUGCUGCAGCGCAGCAGCAGCAGCCCCGAGCCCGACUUCGCUGCUGCAGUCAACUGGGGGCAGCAGCAGCUAGCAGCAGACUGGCUGCUGCUGCCGCAUGCAGCAAGGGAGCGGCUGCUGCUGGAGGAGCUGCUGUCGCUGCUGCUGGGCGUUGACGGCGUGCUGCUGCGGGUGGUGCAGCAGCCGCUGCGGGGGGAGGAGCAGCAGCAGCUUGCUGCGCUGCAGCAGCAGCAGCAAGACCUGCUGCUGCAGCAGGCCGGCCGCGCGGAGCCGCGCCCCCGCCAGCAGCAGCAGCAGCAGCAGCAGCAGCAGCAGCUGCUGGAGCAGCACGAGUAUGACCUCAACAGCAGCAGAUGCUGCCUCCCGCUGCUGCCGCGCUUUUCCGUGUGGCUGCAUCCGCUGCUGCAGCAGCAGGGGGGCCCCCCAGGGACUGCAGCAGGGGGCCUGCAGUGUUUGCUGCAGCAGCUAGCAGCAGCAGCAGCAGACGUGCGGCUGCUGCUGCAUGCGCAGCAGGUGGCAGGCAGCAGAGUCGAAGAAAUGGGAGCUGUGGGGGCUGCUUUUGCUGCUGCUGUUGGAGGGUUUCUCAACGAAUUAGGGGGCGGGGCCCUCCUCAAUGCUGUGGAAGCAGCAGCAGCAAGACUUCCUGCUGGAGACUCCGCCAGGCAGCUGCUGCUGCUGCUGCAGCAGCAAGCCAUGAGCCCGCUGGCCCGCUGCUUGCGGCGCUGGCUGCUGCGGGGGGAAAUCCAAGACACUUACAGAGAGUUCUUCAUUCGGGACAGGACGGAGCAGACGCGCGAUCCCCUUACGGCGGAGUCUGGAGACAGCUGCAGUGGUUUGGGACAGUGGCCGUGGGAGUGGCAGGAGCGCUUCGCCAUAGAAGGGACUUCUGUGCCGCAGCACUUAAAGCCUGUGGCGCAGCUGCUGCUGCAGACGGGGCGCUGCAUUCGGCUGCUGCGGGACUGCGACCAGACGCAGGAGCAGCAACAGCCGCAGCAGCAACAGUGGCAGCAGCAGCAGCAGAAACAGCAGCAAAUGGCUCGGGCCCUGCAGGAGACAGUUGCGUCUGCAGGGCCCUUAUUUAAGACAUGCUGCAUAAGAAAUAAGGGAGUAGGCGCUAGCAGCUGCCGGGCCACUGCUGCUGCUGCUGCUGCUGCUGCUGCUGCUGCUGCUGUGCUGCAGCCGUGGCCUGACCUCAGCCGGCACUUUACUGCAGCACGGGGCGGCAGCAGCAACUGGCCGCUGCUGCUGCAGCAGGAGCUGCUGUCGGGCGCGCUUCCUGCAGCAGCAGAAACGGCGUCUGCUGCAGUUCAUGCGAUGCUGGCGUCUCCUCUUGUGCUGGGCAGCCCAGCAGCAGCAGCAGCAGCAACAGCAGCAGCAGCAGCAAACCACCCUGCAGCGCAGGGAUUUGUGGGGUUUCUAAAGGGCCUCAAGGCCCUCUGCCUCGGGGGCAGGGGAGAUGUUUUUGCUGCCUUUUUGGAGUCGUGCGAUCCCGCGACAGAUCCGCUGCAGCACCAGUUUGCUGCUGCUGCUGCUGCUGCUGCUGGCCGCAGCCUCGAGAUGCAGCAGCAGCAGCAGCAGCAGCAGGUCCUGCAACAGGUACAUGUCUUGGAAGCCCGCAUGGAUGCCGCCAUAAGAAGCGUCACUGAAUAUGAAUGGCUGUGCGACGAUUUGUCGCUGUCUGUACACCCCAUCGCCAGCCUUUCCGAAGCAGCACAGCUGCUGCACCGAGCAGCAACAAAGCCGCAGCUGUAUGCACAGCUGAUUGCUGCUCCCCGGGUGUCGCAGCAGCAGCUGCAGCAGCAGCUGCAGCAGCAGCCCGUGGACCUCGGGCUCACAGACAUCUACCGCCGCUUGUGUCUAAGCCUGAACUGCCGCGGGCCUCUGCGGCUGCUGUUCUCUCGAGAAACUAUUGCAAUUUAUCAGCUGGUCUACAGAGAGCUGCUGCAGCUGCACUUGGCUAGCCGCCAGCUAGCGCUAGUUUGGCGGGACCUCCUCAAGACCAAGGACCUCUUUGGCCUCAGACACUCUGGCUCUCACUUUCGGGCAGCGCUGAAGACAAGAGGGCAAAUGGCCUACUUCGUGUCUUGUUUGCUUUCCUACGUUUCCAACGAUGUGGUGGACGUGGAGUUCGGGCGGUUUCUUUCGUUUUGCUGCCGCGGGCGCCCGAGCGCGGAGCUGCUGCAGCAGCAGCACUUGGAGUGCAUGCGCUGCAUCAGCAGCGGCUGCUUCUUUGGAAGCCCCACAACUUUGCAAAGUUUGAACAAAACUUUGGCAGUUAUUUUGACUUUUGCUGCGCAUACACUCAAGUUCUCCACGCUGGCCACCAGGCCGCAGCUGCUGGGCGCUGCUGCAGCAGACGGCGCUGCUGCUGCUGCUGCUGCUGCUGCUGCUGCGGCUGCGGCUGAGCCGCUGGGAGACGCAGCAGGCGCAGCGGCAGACAAAGCAGCAGCAGCAGCAGCAGCAGCAGCAGCGCCCGCUGCAGCAGCCCCGCGCGACAGCGAAGCGCACGCUGCAGCGCAGCAGCAGCAGCAGCAGCGGCUGCUGCAGCAAAAACGCAGAGACAGCAGACUGCAGUGCUUCCGCUGCGCAGUGGAAGCCACGGGCUUCGGCUCGAUGGUCCGCACGGCCCACGCAGCUUUCGUCAGCAGCCAGAAAGAGUUCGUAGCUCGGCUGUUCAGGCUGGUGCAGGGGUCCACUGGUUCUGCUGCUGCUCAUUUGCUGCAGCGCCUCGAAAUGGCCUUAGCAGCAGAAGACAAACAAGGGACUUGUGGGGUCUCUUCUCCUCUGGGCACAACGCCGCGUUACGAGCUGCACAAGGCGCUUUCUGCUGCUGCUGCUGCGCCUGCUGCUGCUGCUGCUGCGCCUGCUGCUGCUGCUGCUGCUGCGCCUGCUGCGGCUCCUGCUGCUGCUGCGCCUGCUGAAGAGGCCGGUGCAGCAGCAAACGCCGCUAGACUCAGAGCCACGGCGACACUCGGGCGCGUCAGCCCCCGUAGCGCGACGGGCUCCGCAGCAGCAGCAGCAGCAGCAGCAGCAACAGCAGCAGCAGCAACAGCAGCAAAAGCAGCAACAGCAGCAGCAGCGACAGACUCAGCAGCAACAGCAACGCCGCCGUACUCCCUACCGACGCCUUCUAGAGAGAGGCCGGUGCUUCUCUCCUCGCCGCACCAGCAACAGCAGCAACAGCAGCAACAGCAGCUGCAACAACUGCAGCAGCACCACGAGAAACAGCAGCAGCAGCAGCAGCAGCAUCCAAGCACCACUUCUGCAAUGCAGCAGCUGCUUCACAUGAGGCAGCAACAACUACAGGAGCAGCAGCAGCGACAUCACGAGCAGCUGCGCCAGCCCCAAAAUCAGCAGCAGCAGCAGCAGCAGCAGCAGCAGCAGCAGCAACAGCCGCAGCAGCCCCGCUUCCCGAGGGCUCCAAGAACAGCAGGUCCAUCGACACUGCAGCGAACUGCGAGCGCAGCAGCCACAGCUGCAGCUGCUUCAUCUCGUGGAUUUGAUUCGGGCCUAAAGGGCAGCAGCAGCAGCAGCAGCAGCAGCAGCAGCAGCAGCAAGACAACAUGGCCGACUCCUCCGAGGCCUGCCACUGGGGCAGCAGAGACGGCUGCAGCUGCUUGCUCUCGCAGCAGAAGCGCGACAGCAGCCACAGCAGCUGGCAGGGGCUACAGCAGCAGCAGCAGCAGAUACAGUCUCGGGCAGCAGCAGCAGCAGCAGCAGCUGUUGCAGCGCGGAGCUGGCACUGGGCCCAGCAGCAACAGCAGCAGAAGGCCCCCCCUGUCCCACAGCAGCAGCAACAGCAGCUUCGUCAGCGGCUCCGAUACAGACGACGACAGCCACAACACGGCAGCAACAGCAGCAGCAGCAGCAGCAGCAGCAGCAGCAAGAACAGCACCUGCUGCUGAGGUAGAGACAGACGCAGCAACAGAAGAAGCUUGGAGCGAUGCUCCUACUGAGCAAAGUGACCUGGAGCCAGAUGCUGCAGCGCAGCAGCAGCGGCAGCAAAACUUGCUGCAGCAGCGGCGGCAGCAGCAGCUGCCUCCCUUGCAGCCAACCCAGCUAGCCCAGGCCCAGGCGAUGCUCCGACGCCUUCAGCACCAGUGA